CCCUCCCCAUCAGCUGGGAGUGCGUGUGGAGCCAGAUCAUGAGAACGUGUGGUGUGGAGCUGCUGGAGUUGUGCUGAUCACCCUGUAGGUGGAUGCAGGGCAGUGAAAAAGCAUGAAAAGUGGGACUUUGCAUGCAACUCAGAGAAAGGAGUGAGAAGAAGGCGUCCACCCAACAGCUCUUCCCUGAGGGUUUUCCAUAGAGAACCAUGUGCAGCUCACUUAGUCCCAAACAUCCAAGCAGCCCCGGCCUGACAGACAUGCAGCAGUACCACCAGUGGCUGGCCAGUCGACACGAAGCCAGCCUGUUGCCCAUGAAGGAAGACCUUGGCCUGUGGCUCACUAGUAUGCUCGGGCUGGAAAUCACCGCAGAGAGCUUCAUGGAACGCUUAGACAACGGCGUCCUCCUGUGCCAGCUGGCUGAGACUCUACAGGAGAAGUUCAGGGAAAGCAGUGGAUACCUGCCUCUCACUGACAGGAAGGUUCUUCCUAACAGAAGGAUUCCAUGCCGGCGCAGUGCGCCUUCUGGCUCUUUCUUCGCACGGGACAACACAGCCAACUUCCUGUCCUGGUGUCGCGAGGUUGGAGUUGGGGAAACGUGUUUGUUUGAGUCAGAGGGUUUAGUUCUUCACAAGCAACCACGAGAAGUUUGUCUCUGCCUGUUACAGUUGGGACGGAUAGCAUCCAGGUACAACGUGGAGCCUCCUGGCCUUAUAAAACUGGAAAAGGAGAUAGAACAGGAAGAAAAAGCACCUCUACCUCCUCUGUCGCCCGCAUCCCUCGUUCAACCCCUUCCUCCAUCUCCCUCGUGGUCUCCAUCCCCGUCCCCAACACCUCCUAAAGUCACGUCGAGCAAGAAGAGCUCAGGGAACCUGCUUGAUGAUGCUGUAAGAAACAUCGCUGACGACCCACCCUGCAGGUGUCCAAGUAAAUUCCACGUUGAGAGACACUCACAGGGUCGAUAUCGUGUGGGAGAGAAAAUGCUUUUUAUACGCAUGCUGCACAACAAGCACGUGAUGGUUCGCGUAGGAGGCGGCUGGGAGACGUUCGAGAGCUACCUACUCAAGCACGACCCUUGCCGUAUGCUUCAAAUCUCCCGCGUGGAGGGGAAGACGUCCCCCGUCAGCAGCAAAGGCCUCAACAUCAAGGACCUGACGCCUGACAGUUACUUGGUGGUGGCGGCCAACUAUCGUUGCAAAAAGACCACACAGGAGACGUCGCCAUGACGAAUUUGAAGGUCAUCACUACAACAUGACUCAACUUGUGAAACAUGGAGAUUACAUUUUACUUUAUUUUAAUUCAUAAAAUUGUAACCUAUUUUGUUUUUUUUACAUUUUGUACAUUAUUUUCUAGUAGGACCUUUAGAAUUUUAAUUACUACAGUAUGCUUAUCUUUAUUAUUAUUAGUAUAACUUAAAGGCCUAUUGAAAUGAGAUUAUCUUAUUUAAACGGGAAUAGCAGGUCCAUUCUAUGUGUCAUACUUGAUCAUUUCGCGGUAUUGCCAAAGGAUUUAGUAGAGAACACCAACGAUAAAGUUUGCAACUUUUGGUCGCUAAUAGAAAAGCCCUGCCUGUACGGGAAGUAUGUGCGCGUGACGUCACUGGUUGCAGAGCUCCACACAUAUUCCCAUUGUUUUUAAUGGGAGCUACCAGCAGCAAGAGCAAUUUGGACCGAGAAAGCGACAAUUUCCCCAUUAAUUUGAGCGAGGAUGAAAGAUUCGUGAAUUAGGAUAUUGAUAGUGACGGAAUAGAAAGAAAAAAAAGCGACGGCUGCGGGCGACGGCAUUGUGAGCGUUUCAGAUGUAAUUAAGACACAUUUACUAGGAUAAUUCUGGAAGAUCCCUUAUCUGCUUAUUGUUUUAAUAGUGUUUUAUUGAGAUUUUAAAGAAUGUAAAGACAUAUCUCAAGGUCGGAUGGCUGCGGUGAACACGAAGUGUCUCAGAGAGAAGCCGAGGAGCCAAGCUCACAGCUGCCGCUGCUGCAGGACGACUAAUAAUCCAAUGAUUUCUCCGGUAAAAUAUAUAUCACAAUUUCCCCAUCCAAAAACAUGCUGGUUCACGUAGACAAAACAUGUUCGCUUGACCGCUCCGCUUCACAACAAACAUCGGCUGUGUCUCGCUGCUAAAGACAGCUGCAAUACACCGCUUUCCACCAACAGCAGUUUUUUAUAGUCUCCAUUAUUAAAUGAACAAAUUGCAAAAGAUUCAGCAACACAGAUGUCCAAAAUACUGUGUAAUUAUGCGAUUAAAGCAGACGACUUUUAGCCGCGAGUGGUGCAGCUGCUAAUAUUUCCUGACAGUCAGUGAAGUCACGCGUACGCUUCAUCAUUUCGCGACGUUUUCAACAAAACUCACGGGAAAUUUAAAAUUGCAAUUUAAUAAACUAAAAAGGCCGUAUUGGCAUGUGUUGCAAUGUUAAUAUUUCAUCACUGAUAUAUAAACUAUCAGACUACGUGGUCGGUAGUAGUGGGUUUCAGUAGGCCUUUAAAUUUACACUUUUACAGGAAAGCACUUAUUUGAUGUUUAAUGCCUGUGGACACCAAAAUAUGUUUGCCAAUGAUGCAAGUCGAAAAGUUCCAAAGCCUAGUCCAGAAUGUUUAUAGUAGUGCGUCCUGACAAGACUUUAUCAUUUUGAUUUAAUUUCUACAGGUUGGAAACUUUUUGGAUGAAUUGUAGUCGUUUUGAUCUUACCAGUUAUUACUUAUUUUACAUACUGUUCCCAUGUUACAUUGGUUGUAAACGUAUCAUGGGAGUCAGGGUUUCUUUAUGGGGUUAUUCAUUUGUUCUACUUCGCUGCCCCCUACAGGCGAAAAAUAAGUAAUGACAUUGUCAUGCUUCGUCAAAGAAUUUGCCUCACGGGUUUGAGGACAACUAAUGCAUACUUUUCGGGGUUCGAUUUUUGUUAAAUACAAAUAAAAUAUUGCAAACUUUGUA